GGAGAGGGCGGUCGUAGCUUCAUUUUCUAUAUUACCCUUUCGGUCAAGACACAAAAAGGGGAAAAGGACUAUUUUCAAGCUAAGGUGGUGAGAGAUUUAGAUGGUCAUUUGGACUUUCCUAUCGUCAGGCCCCAGUCAUAUGAAUUCCUUGAGGUGAAUGCAUUAUGCUACUUUUACCCUACAUUUGAAUGCCCAUAAGCAGUCUGUCGUGAGUUUACUCGUUGAUGUAACUUGAUAUUAGUUUGUUCGAGAAUUCAGCAAUGAGUUGGAUUUUUGCUACUUCCAUUUGAUGUAAAGAAGAAAGGAUAGUCUUCUCUGCUUAUUUUUCCUCUUGUUAUCACUAUAUAUGAGGCACAUCAGAGCCAAUGCGUGACUUGGUGAAUCCUCAACAAAAGUCAUUGGGGUGCACUUUCUCCAAUUCCAAAGAAUAAUUGCAUGGCCAUUAAUACUCAGAUUGUAUCCAUUUUUGCUGCUGCUGGUGAUUCUUGUGCAUACUGCUGGGAUGUGGAGAAGAAUGAAAUAAAGAUGGUUUUGAAAGGGCAUUCAGACUACUUGCAUUGCAUUGUUGAGCGAAAUUCUCACAAUCAGGUUAUAACUGGUUCAGAGGAUGGGACAGUACGAAUAUGGGAUUGCAGAACUGGUAAAUAUAUUCAAAUAAUUGAUCCACAGAAGGAUAAGAAGUCGAGGGAGUUGUUUCCAUAUGUCAGUUGCAUUGCUCUUGAUGCAAGUGAGAGUUGGCUGG